UCACUCGUCAUCUUUACUUGAUUUGGUGAGUUUGGUAAGAGAAAAACUAAGACGUGUGGCAAAAAAGAAACCAAUAAAAAUGGAUUCAUGAUCUUAUUGAAGGCCAGCGAAUUAUUGUUGCAUCUAGAAAUGGCUGAAGUGAAGGCCAUUGAUAAUCUUGUGGCUGCUAGGACCCUCUUGACGACCAAUUUACAGAAUUCAAGAGCUAUGGCCUCUGAUCUGGAUAAAACUGGGAAAAGAUUGGAGGAGAUGAGGCAAAGGUUACCAUCUCUUGAAGCUGCACGCAAUACCCUUUUGCAGAAGUGCAGAUUUUCUGCAAUCAAAGACCACAUUGAUCGUGCUGUUUAUCCCGCCAUGGCCGUACUAAAGGUCUGCAAGGCUAUUCAGGAGCUCGAGAAGUCACUCAUCUCAGACAGCCCACGUCCUGAUCUUUCCGCUUAUCUCUUGUUGAUCACACAGUUUGAACAGGCAUUGAAAUUUCUGAGUGACAACUGCAGCCUAGCAAUUCAAUGGUUGGAGGGAAUUCUUCAAUUUCUUGAAGAAGAAAAGGUUGCCAAUGGCUUGUAUGUCUUCAGAGUCGAGAUGUCUCUGACUAUUCUACAAGAGUUUCAAGCAACUGAAGCGCGAGCUCGUGUCAGUGGUGGGAUUCUCGGUUUAGCAUUUGACAAACUUAAAAUUGAAUUCAAGCAGCUUCUUGCAGAUAACUCCAUCCCUGUUGCUUUCCCAUCAUUCAAUGACAAACAAGCUUGCAUUGCUCCAUCACCUUUGUCAGUAGCUGUUACCCAGAAGCUUCAGGCCAUUGUUGGCAAACUAAGUGACCGUGACAGGCUUGAUUGGUGCUUAUCAGCGUACGCAGAAGUUCGGAGUAGGAAUGCAAGAAGAAGUUUAGAAGCUCUUGAUUUGAAUUACCUUAACAAGUCAGUGACAGAAUCGGAUGAUGUGCAAGACAUAGAGGGCUUUAUAUAUUUAUGGUGUGAGCAUCUGGAGUUCGCAGUGAAGCAUGUUUUCAAGAUAGAGUACGAACUCUGCAAUAAGGUUUUUGACAAGGUCGAGUCCAACGUUUGGAUGGGUUGCUUUGCGAAGAUUGCUACUCAAUCUGGAAUUCUUUCUUUUCUCAGUUUUGGAACAAGAGUUACAGAAUGUAAGAAAGACCCUGUCAAGCUGUUGAAGCUAUUAGACAUGUUUUCAUGUUUAGACAACAUAAGAGCAGUUUUCAACAGGCUUUUUACAGGCGAAGCAUGUCAAAAAAUCCAAAACCUGACAAAGAAUCUGGUCAAGAAAGUUAUUUGUGGUGCUUGUGAGAUUUUGUGGGAACUCCCAUUUCAAGUGGAGCUACAAAGGGAACGGUCUCCUCCUUCAGAUGGCAGUGUUCCAAGGCUGGUAAGAUUUGUGACAGAAUAUUGCAAUCAUCUUCUUAGCGAGGAUUAUAAUUCAUUUUUGAUCAAGGUUCUAACGAUUUACCAGAGCUGGAAAAAUGAGAAGCACCAAGAGACACUUAGCAACCAGAUAAACCUCAUAAUAAAGGAACUUUGCCUAAACUUGGAUACAUGGUCACAGACAUAUGAAGAUAAGGCUCUUUCCUUCCUAUUCAUGAUGAAUAAUCAUUCUCAUUUCUGCAAUUUGAAAGGCACAAAAGUAGGAGAAUUGAUGGGUAUUUCUUGGGUAAGAGGUCAUCAGCAAUACAAGGACUAUUACAUGACACUCUACUUAAAAGAAACCUGGGGAAGGAUUCUUGGUCUUCUUAACGAAGACCAACAGCAAAACAAGUACUUAUCUUCACCUACAACUGAUUCUGUGAAGAACAUUUUGAAGGCAUUCAAUGAAGCCUUGGACGGAAUGUAUGAGAAGCAAUCCAACUGGGCUGUUCCCGAUGAGGAGUUGAGGUUAAAGAUGUGCAGGGUGGCUGUCCAGGCUUUUGUUCCGGUGUAUAGAAGCUACUUGCAGAAUUUUAUGGAUUUAGACCAAGAAGAUGUGAGAUAUACAGCACAAGGAUUGGAAAGUAUGCUAAGCUCACUGUUUCAGCCAAAGAUAAGGAUGUAUGGUGGCACCAAACAAUCACAUUGGAUUGACGAAGUGAAAAUUGUAGAGGUAGAUCAUUUUACUCUUAUGGCUGCGUAACUCUUGCACCCAUAGACUUACCGUGACGGUAGGUACAUAUGACUUAGGGACAUAUUGCAAUUCCAGCAAAGUCUUAAACUCAAAUCUCUUUCUUAUCAUUUGUAACUAAUAAUAAUGUACUUUCAUCAUUAAUUUCCAGAUCAAUUUAGUUAUCCCAAUUCGUUAUGCUAGUUGGAAUUGAA